UAUGGGAAAAUAUUUAUUAAAUUGAAGCAAACGGAACGUAACGGGGAGGGGAUACCUGAUUUUGUGCAUUAGAGACUGUCGUUUUAGUUGAACAAAUGUUUGGUCUAAUUAUUACACCGUAGGUGCACGGUCCCUUUAAAUCCCAGUUGAACCCCUCCUCCCCGUCACGUCACACUGGGACAGGUCAUCAGUCACAACAAACAUGGCGGAUGCCGGUGCAUCUAUGACUCUAGCGACAAUUUCACUGAUAGGUUUCGCAUUACUGGCAGGGUUUUACCUGACCACUUUAAAUGCACUAUGGACACUGGUCUCCGUUACUGUUACUGCCGUGUUGGUGUCCCAGUUAUUGCGGAUGUUACGGAGAAGAGACGCGUUGACGGAGCGGCGUGUAUGUGUGCUGGUUCUGGGGGAUAUCGGACGCAGCCCUCGCAUGCAGUACCAUGCCCUUUCACUCAGCAAACACGGCUACAGCGUAACGUUUGUUGGAUUCCCUGGUACCAAGCCUCAUCAGGAUGUGAUUGGAGAUGAGAGGAUCACAAUCAUCCCAAUCACAGAACUUAAAGGACUCCAAGUGGGUCCUAGGAUGGUGAGCUAUGUUACCAAGGUGAUUCUCCAGUCCCUGCAGCUUCUCCUGGUGUUAUUGAAGACUGAUGUCCAGUCCCAUAUUCUCAUGCAGGUAUAGUUCUACAAUACACUCUGCUGUGUGUGUGUGUCCUAUAUUCUCAUGCAGGUAUAGUUCUACAAUACACUCUGCUGUGUGUGUGUGUCCUAUAUUCUCAUGCAGGUAUAGUUCUAUAAUACACUCUGCUGUGUAUGUGUGUUCUAUAUUCUCAUGCAGGUGUUUCUACUACAAUACAAUAAACAUAAUGUAAACAUUCCUACUUAUUGACUGUACGAACUUGCAG